ACGGACACUCGCAGUACAAGUGUCAGAAUGCAAAGGUUUCGCAAAAGGUAGCCCUAAAGAUAGGGACAUCUUAUUCCCAGGCUUCUAGCUCGGGAAACGCGACCGGGUGCGACACCUUAGUAGACCAGUAGCAUGUACUUUAGGCAACAAAGAGCGCAUGAUUGUAACAGACUAUAUCAAGGACGUAGUCUGUACCUUCUCCUAUGGAAGAGGAGAACUUAACCAUAAGAUCUCGUUCUUGGUUAGCGACGACUUACCAUUCAACAUGUUGUCAGACAUGUACUACCUCGAAGUUGGUAAGCCCCAGUUUGACCGGGAUAAGAAGGUGCUCAAGCAUAAGUUGUCCGAUGGCAGAAAUGUCAGAUUGACCAAGUUCAAAGCCAGUAACAUUAUAGAUACCUAUGGUUGCUUGUGCUCAUCAACGUUCUACCAUUACUAUAAGCAAAACGAAGAGGAGGGUAUGUACCUUGUGUAUGUCUCUGAGAAAGGGGAGGCUGUUAAAACACCCCCAGAGAUAGAACACGUCGUUGCUAAGUUCCUUGAUCUGUUCGAGGAACCUACAAAAGUUGUUGAAAGGGAAGCCGUCCACGCUAUAGAAAUCAUUCCAGGGAGUAAAACCUCAAAGGGAAGGAUCUAUAGGAUGACCCCCGCCGAGUUAGAUGAACUUCGGCGACAUCUUAAGGAGCUGACAGAGAAGGGAUGGAUUCGGCCUAGUACUUUCCCUUACGGAUCUCCCGUGCUAUUCGUAUCGAAGAAGGGGGGUACUUUGAGGAUGUGCAUUGACUAUAGAGGCUUCAAUGCCAUCACAGUAAAGAACGUAGAGCCUCUACCUCGCAUAGAGGACCUCCUGGAUAGGGUGCACGGAUGCAAGUACUAUAGUAAGAUAGGCUUGAAAUCCGGAUAUCACCAAAUCGCAAUAAGACCCGAGGACCAACACAAGAUAACCUUUCAGACCAGAUACGGUUUGUAUGAGUUUGUAGUGAUGCCUUUUGAUCUUUGCAAUGUGAUGGGUACAUUCCAGCACGCUAUAAAUCGGAUCUUCCAUGACCAUUUAUAUAAGUUUGUCGUGGUUUACUUGGACGACAUUCUGAUCUUUAGUACGUCUGCCGAGGAGCAUGCGCAUCAUGUUGAGAUGGUACUUUCACUCCUGCGACAACACAAGUAUAAGGUCAACUUAGAGAAGUGACAAAGUGUUUCCAUGGAUUUCAUGGACACCCUGGUGACUAGUAAGAGUGGCAAGAGACACAUCUUUGUCAUCAUCGAUCGAUUCACUAAGUACGCUAGACUAGUGCCUAUGCCAGAGACCGCAAGAACUGACUAUGUCAUCAAGUUGUUCAAAGACAACUGGGACAAACUAAUAGCCAGCCACUUCACGAACUGGGAUGAGAGGAUCCAGCGGUUGGAGACCAGAGUGGCUGAUCUGGGAACUCAACAAUCUAAGAUCCUGGACUCUAUCCAGAAUCUGACUGCUGAGUUAACAACGGUCAACGUCAUCACUCCCCUGGUCCCGGUGGUUUCCUCUCCAAAACCCAAGAAGCCUUCGCAACCUCCUUCACCCCCUGGAUCUCCUCAUCCCUCUCACAAGUCUUCUCCCUCUGUCACCUCCCAGGCCAAAGCCACGCCUCCUCCCACCUUUGCUGUUGUUGUUGUUGGGGACCAGCGAGGUCCUAAAAUCCCUGCCCCCAACAAAUACAAGGGGGAUGACCCCGAAGUUGAUGUUGGGGACUGGGCGGCCAUAACCCAGGCAUAUCUGAAGGGGUUCCAGUGCCGAGAACAGCAAAAGGUGGCUACUAUUGUGGGGCUGCUGGAGGGCCCAGCCCAGAAAUGGGCUACAUCUACAGCUAGUGUCGAGCAGCAGUCUUUGGAGGGUUGGGCAUUGGCACUGGGGAUUGACAAACUUUUGCAGGCCCUAGAGGACAGGUUUGCAGAGAAGGAACGUGCACGCAAAGAUGCUGAUAAAAUAGCACACCUGGGCCAGCAGCGUUACAGCGGCAAUCUGCAGGCUCUGUUUACUGAUUUUGAACAGCUCACCUCCACCCCUGGCUUUGUUAUGUCUAUUGAUGAUUUGCUGACUUACUUUUGCAGGGUUGUGCCUGAAAAGUUCUGUGUGGCAUUGUACAGCGCAGGGCACAAAGACUGGAGGUCAUUUGACCGCGCAACAUUGGACAUGGAGGCCAAACUUCAUGUCCAGGCCUCUUCCAGUGACAGGAAGAAAGGCGCUUUCGCUCGCGGUGGUAGAAGGGGAAAAGCGGCUUUGCUCACGCAGAAUCGGCGUCAUCAUCUGAUGCAGGAUCCCGGCCUGGCCUUGACUCGUGCACCUGUUCUGAAGCUACCUGACCCCACUUUGCCAUUUGUCCUGACCAUUGACGCCAGUGAGUAUGGCAUUAGGGCAGUACUUCAGCAGGAUGAUGGGAAUAGUCUGAGACCUGUUGAAUUCAUGAGUAAGAAGAUCAAGACUCAGAAGGUUCAUGACUCUUCCUACGAGAAAGAGCUGUAUGCUCUUGUCAGUGUCCUGAAACAUUGGAAACACUUUCUCCUAGGCAGGCACUUCAAGAUCUUUUAUGAUCAUUCCACCUUGCAGUGGUUGAAGUCCCAGGGAGAGUUGAAUGACAAGUUGGCACGCUACAUUUAGUUCAUUGAUUUGUUUGACUUUGAACUGAAUCACAAGAAGGGCUGCUACAAUAAAGUAGCUGACGCCCUCUCUCGUAGGCCUGACUCUUUUGCGCUGAUCUCCUCUACUCAUUCCUUUGGAGAGGAGGUUCGUUAGAAUAUUGCUCGUUUACUGCCUCAGGAUCCGACUUAUGAACCCAUCGUCAGGAAUCUGCAAGCAGAUCCCAAUUCCGAACCAGACUAUGGUAUAAGUUCAAAUCUGCUGUACACUUACAACAGAGUAAAGGAGCGCUUAUGUA